CACGACCACGCCUAUUUAAAAAGAUCCGGUGGAAAAAAUCGAUCCGUUCAUUUUGUGGUGAGUGUAAGCUUGCUUAUUUUUCGGGAAAGAUCUACUUAAGGUGUGGUCUGCUCGCUGCACUGUCAUUUUCAUCGGAAGCGAUCGAGAUUCAGAUUGUUCCAUUCUAUUUUCAGUACCUGUCGGCUAAUCCUAAAUAUCAUGUGAAUAUGCUAUCAGGGUCCAAGUUAGUGAAUUUUUCUACAGUGAAGUAUCACUCCCAGCAACGUACUUGUGGAGCCACCUGGGCACCGCUCUGGAACUAGUUGUUGAACAAGUCUAUUUCUCCAUUUCCCAUUUUUUCUCAGUCCACUAGCUACCUUCUCAUUGUCAGAAAGAUAUUGUGAUUCAUCUGAAAAUAAAGCUUUUCCCUUGUUGUGUCUUGUUGGGCCAGAAAAAGUAUCUCAUUUUCCUUGGUGUAAGUACGACGAGCUUAAUUCAUGCUCUAUCCCUCUCUUUGACUUUGUUGGAAAUCAAGCCGCUUCCCCUCUUACAUAUGAUGGGCGCAGCUCCUUCCACCAUGCCCUCCGAACUCUUCGACUACCUGCGUCUGUACCUGGUGUUCUCCGCUGGCCUGCAUGUGAUUGAGGAAUAUCUAGAAUGGCGGCAACUCCGACAGGACCGCAAGAAGACCAUCCCACCGGAGGUUUUCUCGUACGGGAUCUUGGACGAGAAGGACAAGGAGAAGGCGUACGAGAAGUUCGAGAAGGCGCGGCAGUACAACUACGACAAGCGCGUGUUCGGUAUGGUGUGCAGCUGGAUAAACUUUUUGAUCGGGCUCGUGAUGCUGCUGCGCGUGAAGCCGUGGGUGUGGCGCACCAGCAUGGAGCUGGCGGAGCAGUGGAAGUAUGCAUUGCAAGUAUGUCUGGGUCGGGUAAUAAAGUGCAACUUCUGGCACUGCCUCUGGAUUAUUUUAUAAAAAUCCUGUGUAAAAAUUGCAAGAUCAGCAAGAGGCUUCUCCAAGGGUUGCUAAGCGGAGAGCAGGGCAUUUCUCAUGCGGGAUAGGCAUCAAGAGGCCCUCAAAAAAUCUGUGAUGGUCGUAGAGCAUGCAGCACAGAAGUGAUCAUGAUGGGCUAGUAUGCAAAGUGUGUAUGAGCAUGACGAACAUCUGCGUUCUUCCAGACACGAGGCCAUACUUGCGUUUGAUAGUAACUUCACGGACAGCACUUCCACUGGCGCGUCCCGGGAGGUGCCCGAGUUUUUGGUCUUUCACUUUCUUACGCACUACAUCGACCUACCCCUGGGACUGGUCACCAGCCUGUACAGCGAUUUCGUGCUCGAAGAAAAGCAUGGGUUCAACAAGAAGACCAUGCGGCUCUUAUCAUAUUGAAAAGUGCAGUCCGACUAAACAGUUUGCAUUCCAAACUUCUUUCGUCCACACGGAAACUUUUUGUAUUGCAUGAAGGAAAUGUUGCAAAUGUGAGCGCGAGGCAAUUUCCGAAUCAAAGUCAGAUGACUCAGAUAUGCAUACGCAACUUCAACAUAAUCGAAACAGACAUUGCUUAUACUGUGGCGGCUCUCUCGUGCAGCAGCACAGACUUACUUAUAUACAUGCAAGAUGGCAGGUCGUGUUUACAUGGGGAACUUUCGCUACACAAAAGCGCCCACUUUUUUGGGUGAGGGCAUUUUUCAAUGUGAUAGCUCUUUGUUUCCGACCUGCUUAAGUCCGAGCUGCUGUCCACGGUUUUUACCCUUUUACUCAUACCAGUGCUGAUCCACUUGGUCCACUACGCGGGCGAGCUUUUCUACAUCUACCUCUGGGCCUUCCUGCAGGUGUGUACUUGCUGUCAAUUAAUGUCUUUUCUCAAAAUUCUUUAUAGUUCCUCUUCCUCACAACGACGGGCGGGAACGGGAUGAAUGAUUACUUAGCAGCAUCACAUCUAGAUUGAUUUGUUUGGUUGCAGCUCCAUGGGAUUAUAUUAAGCUGUGUGAAGAAAGCUAGCACGCCCUACUAACUUUAAAAAGAAGUCCCACCAUCAAAUGAAUAUACGCACAUCAGGUUUUUGGUGUUUUUAUGAUGUGGUUGGUGCCAAAUUACAUCAUGCCACUUUUACGAAAGGAAAAGAAAUGGUAAUCCUGGUUCUGGCCCAUGUCGUGCGAGCAGGUGGAAGACAGAUAAAUGUAGACAAGUAGCAGCAUUAUAUGCGAAGAGAAAUGACAGAAAGACAUGACAAUGAAAAACUCUGUAGUACGAAGUUUACAACUACUUGGGGCCCGCACUAUAUUAAUGAGGAUCACCAAUUUAUUUCCUUGCAUCACGGUUCAACACGUAUGAGCCCAUCAAAGACGCGGAGCUAAAAACCAAGAUCGAGGAUCUUGCCGGUUCGCUGUCUUUUCCGCUCUACAAGAUUUUUCAAAUGGACGGCAGCACGCGGUCCGCGCACAGCAACGCGUUUUUCUUCGGCAUUUGGAAGUAUCGGCGCAUCGUUUUGUACGACACGCUGCUGCACUUGCCGCAUGACGCGAUCCUCGCGAUUCUGGGGCACGAGCUGGGGCACUGGAAGAAGGGCCACACGCUCUGGAACCUGGUGAUCGGCAGCGUGCAGCUGUUCUGCGUGUUUUACAUCAUCGGCAUGGUGCUCUACUCGCCCGAGAGCGCGGCGAUUUUUGCCUCCUUUGGCAUGCAGCACGCGUUGCACAGCAAGAUGAUGGGGGUGAUGCUGAUCAGCAUGCUCCUGGAGCCGCUGGACACGGUCCUGGACCGCGCGAUGACCUGCCUCACCCGGGUCUUCGAGUUUCAGGCGGACCGUUUCGCCAACGUGGAGCUGAACCGCGGCCCCGGGCUCAAGCAGGGCUUGAUCAAGCUCGCGGAUGACAACAAGAGCGGGUUCAACGAGGAUCCGCUCUGGGCGUGGUACAACCUUUCCCAUCCUUACGGAAGAGAAAAAAACUUCUAAGGCCUCACAGUGUCUACGAGCUUGUUUUGCAUCUAUAUUCAGGAUAAAACCAGAGAGAGUAAAAGACUGAUGGAGUGUUGACAUCAAAAGCAUGCUAGCUUUGCAUAUCUCGACCCGGUCCUCCUGGCUUUAGCAGAAUAAUGGAGUACACUCCUCUUGUACUGCUCGUGACUGGAACUGAGUUGGACGUUCUGAAAAAUUUUCGAUUAUUUCAACAGAUCCAGAUCUGACAAAACUACGAUUGUUUCAUCAUGCUUGCAUCAAAUGACCGUGAUUGUGCUGGAGUUUUUUUCCGGGAUUUCUUUACUCUGCUGGAACGUCUCAAGGCGAUCGACGCUGAUGCUGCCGCCGUGGAACUUACUGCGAAAAAAGACAAAUAGGGUAUGAUUGUCUCUUUCUGUGUCAGAGCGCUUGCGUAACAAGUAAUCAGUGCAGGUGAAUGAUGUGGUCCUCGCAAGUAAAUCCUCAUACUUUCUUUACAAUUACGGCGUUCCACCAAGACGAGUAGGAGUACGAGAGGCUUCGAAGAAGCAGAACACGUGUCGUGAAAACGAAACCGGGAUUGUUGAAAAGUAGAUGACCUGACUGGAUGAGGCCACGACAAU